AUUAUUGUGUGAAGCUCGUCCUAUAAUUCUCAGUUAUCCAUUUCAACUUCUUAAAAUCUCGAACAGCCCCUUUCACCAAGCUUUCCUCUUCACCAGGUACGCAUAGUUUUACCAACCAAACUCACCUUCGGAGUAUCCUUGCAGAUGUCUCAGUCUCAGUCUUGCCAGAACCCAGAAGUUAAGCAGCAUAAAGUUGUAAUUCCAAACAAGUAUGGUGAAAAACUUGUAGGAAUAUUGCAUGACACUGGAUCUACUGAAAUUGUAGUAGCGUGCCAUGGUUUUCGAUCCACUAAGGAAGAUACUACUAUGGUGAACCUUGCUGUUGCCUUGGCGAAUGAAGGAAUUAGUGCCUUCCGUUUUGACUUUGCUGGAAAUGGGGAAAGUGAAGGCUCGUUUUCAUUUGCAAAUUAUUGGAGAGAGGCUGAUGAUUUACGUGCUGUAAUCCAACACUUUUGUGGAGCCAAUCGUGUAAUAAGUGCGAUUCUUGGGCAUAGUAAAGGCACAUUAUUGAUUAAUGUAACUGUAGGAGGUGAUGUAGUGCUUCUGUAUGCUUCUAAGUAUCAUGAUAUCCACAAUGUUGUCAAUAUUUCUGGCCGUUGUGACUUGAAGGGAGGCAUUGAAGAACGCUUAGGGAAAGACAUUAUGGAAAGAAUUGAGAAGGAUGGGUUCAUUGAUGUUAAGAAUAACACAGGAAGUGUUGAAUAUCGUAUUACCAAAGAAAGUUUGAUGGACCGUCUAAAUACGAACAUGCAUGAAGCAUGUCUUCAGAUCAACAAGGAAUGCAGGGUCUUGACAGUCCAUGGAUCGGCUGACCAAAGUAUCCCUGUUCAAGAUGCACAUGAGUUUGCCAAGAUCAUACCUAAUCACAAAUUGCAUAUUGUGGAAGGAGCCGAUCAUGAAUACACUAAACAUCAGACUGAACUAGCAGCAGUUGUUCUGAAUUUCAUAAAAGAAGGUCUGAAGCAGAAUUAGCAUAUAGCCUUCCAUCCAGGUGCCAGAUGAAACCCAGCUCUUUAGUGCUAAGUUACAGUCAGCAGGGAAAUAUCAUAAAUUGAACAUGUGAUCUGAAGCACUCCCUGCAACACUGUUUCCUUUCAUUUAGUUAGAUGUUCUAUAUUUUGGACUUGAGGAUCAAAAUUGUUGAAUUUUAAUAAUUCAUGAAUUUGUUAUGGGAGGAUUAUAAAAAAGUAUAUAUAACAUGAAACCAAUAAGGGGGCAACAUCAGACUUGGGUUUCAAUAUUCACAUGUUUUAUGGUAUAAGGGCUUUUCUUCUAA